CUAGCAACAAACAGGCCCGCCAUUAUGAGGGAACUGCUGUGACAACUCGAAUACUUCAGCUUCCUCUUUCCAAUAAGAAACUUCUGCCCCCUCCCCCUUGACUGACCAUGGCCGCGCCAUUUGUCGUAAUGCUGGUAGGAUUUGCACUUCAAGUCUCCACUGAAACGCCACAGUCUUUGGUCAUGUCACUCUUUCUAUCUGAUUGUUGCAUAGACCUGUUGGAUGAGUUCGGUCUGUGUCCGCAAAGCAGCCUUUGCCAUUCAGACUGUUACAGACAUUGGUUUAAGAAUGGAAGUAGCACCUGCAUCAAGUGCAAGAAUGGAACAUUGGCAGAAUUAUCUGUUAAUCAGACUGAAUGCAUUAACUCAAGUGUCAGCGAUGAAGAGAAAGCAGAGAACCCCAGCACUGUGGUUCCAACGGUCAAUACAAUUGGAAGAUCCGCAAUUGUGGCCUUGCUGUGUCUGGGAACACUUUUUAUCAGUUUGUUCCUCAUUCUGUCAGUCGCUGUAUUUUUCUACACGAAGCGAUCAAACAUCCUCCCACAUAUGUUUCACCAAAGGAACAAAGCCUCGAUAUUACAGCCGAGUGAAAUGGCAGAAAUGAUAAGGAGCCCUCCAAGUUCAGUUCGAAAGGCAAGGUAUUCGAGAAGGGACCAGCUGACAGCAGCCUCCUCCGCAUCCACUGCUACCAGCAAUGUCUGACGCCAUGCUCCCAUGUACUCUGUGCCAUCGUAGGUAAAUUCUCCUGUUCUGUGGGUCAAUCAAACAGGAAUGAUCCACUGUAUGGCGAUGACUUAUUAUUGACUAUCAUUUAGCUGCCACAACACAAUCCUGAAGGUCAUGCACCUUUCACUCUUAAUUCACACUUUUUUUUUAAAACAAUGACACAAAUUGAGAGCAAAGCGGAGAAGGACAAGUCGUUAUUUUUUUAGAAAAAAAUCAACCAAUCACGAUUUUAAACGUGAAAGGACGAACUCUUCCUCUGCCGUCUUGAUGAAGGUGAAUGGCGUAAAUUUCCCAGAGUCAGCCGUUUCACAACUUUCAAAAAUCUACACUGUGAUAGGAAGCUUUUAGUAUUGAAGGCGGUAGUUCUGUCGUCGCCGAGUGCAGCACUCAGCCAAACCAAACUGAAAUGUUCCGGAAUUGAGGCGGUUCAAUCUCAGGACGUCACCCAGUGUGAGAGCACGGAAAAACUGGCACGCUUCCCAAUGUUAACUGAAUGUGAGGAUACAGACACCAGCACAGUCACUCAAAUGUCACUAAGUGUGAGAGUACAGACGCCACCAGCAUGUUCCCCAAUGUUACUGAAUCUCAGGCUGUAGUAGACUGAAAUGUGAGCUUGUGGACCACUGUAGAAUAUCCAGCAUUACUGAAUGAAGACUACCGACCUCAGGACACCACGCAAUAAAGAAAGGAAUUAUUGUAAUGGGCAGCAAAUGCUUCUCGCUGUUCAGUGCAGUGACUUUACAGUGGGGUCCAGUUUGCAAUACAGUAAACCUCACGUAUCAGUUGCGACCAUACAUUUAAUAUGACUU